AUGUUAUCAACUCAAUAAUGUUAGGCAGAGCAUUAAAGUAUACAAAAACUACAAUAAUACUUAUAAGGAUUGAAUAAGUCUAUUGUUAAAUAGAGCACUUUAGCAAAUUUGUAAACAAUAUCGAAUAAUUUGGAUGCUGCAGCUAAUGAAAUAGGGUUUUUAUUGUAAUCUAGAGAUCUAAAUGAAUUUAGCCAUAUAGUAAAUAAAUUGUCAUCAGUAUGGAAAGAAUUAUAUAAAACUGUAUAUAAUAGUAAAAUGGUUAAUGAAUUUGAUAAUGAGACAAGUGAGUAUCAAUAAAAGAUAGAAUUAAUAUAAUAAACAAAAAGAUAAAUGAAAGAUGGAACUGGAGAAAUAGGUUAAUUUGGAGGUGUACGUGUAUCAAGUUAUCAGACUCCUUAAAAUAAAAAUAUGAUGAGAUAGAUGAGUAGUUAAUAGACAGGGUUACCUUCAAUUUCUGGAUAACCUUAAACAGAAUAGAAACAUAAAAUGAAUUAUGAAAUUGAUGAUAAUUAAAGAGACAUUUUGUAGGAAGUAUUAAGAUAAAGCAGUAAAUUAAAUAUGCAGAUAGUAAUGAAACGGUAUGAUCCAAAAAUAACAUUAAUGUUAAGUGAAGGAACAGAUACUAAUUUAGAUAUUUAAGAAGCAAUAAGAGGAUUUAAUAAAGAUUAUUUAGAGAUUAAAUUAUCAGAAAUAAUUAAGGACAACUAAAAAAAUAUUGAAGAAAUACAAAAAGUAAUGUAAGAGAAACACGAAUUUACUUAAGUGACUGAAUCAUCAGCAACAGAAAAAUUAAAAUAGAUUUAUAAGACUAUAUACACAAAAACAACUGAAAUGGAUUAAUUAAUGGUUGAGGCAUCUAAAUAAGAACCUUAAGUGGCAAAAAAUGUGUUGGAAGAUUUUAUUCAUCAUGUUACACAUAAUUAUAAAGAUAUAUAAUCAGAAACAUUUAAGAUUGUAGCUAAAUUGUUUUAAUAGAUGUAAUAGAAAUAAAAACAAGAUGAAUUAUUGAAAAGUAGAACUUUAUAAGUCUAAUAACCUUAACAUAAAAAAGAUAAAUUAAGUUCAUCUAAGAGAGUUAAUUAAAGUUCUGCAGAUGAAUCUUAAGCAAGUGAUAAAAUAAGAUAGGAAUUAAUUGAAAAGAAAAUGGAAGUUGAUAAAAAGAAUUAAGAAAUAUUUGAAUUAUAGAAUAAGGUUAGAUAAACAGAAAAUUAAUAUAUAUAAACAGCUUUAGAAUUGGAAUCAAUGAAAUUAAAUGUUAGUAAGUCAGAACAAGAUAAGGCAUAAUUAAAUUAUGAAUUUAAGAAAUUAGAAAAGCAACUUACUUCUUUUAAUUCAAAGACAUUUCAAGAUUAAGCUAUUUAAUGUACUGAUAUUGGAUAAUAAAAUUUAAUUUAAAAAUUACAAAAAGAUAAUUAACAAUUUUAAUAAAAAGUUUAUUAACUAAAAAGUGAAUUAAAUAAAAUAAGUCCAAAUUCAGGAAGAGAAUUGAAAUAGUAAAAUACAGAGUUUUAAGAUAAAAGUGAUGAUUAAAAUAUUUAAAAUUCUUAAAAUGGUACACCUAGAUUAACUAGUAGAUAUAAAUCUGCAUAUGAUUUUGAUAAUUAAUUUAAUGAAGAUGGUUUUUCAAUAGAUUAGAGAUUAGAUACUUCAUAAUAAAUGUAUAAAAAUAGUGAAAUCUCAAAUAGAGAAAGAUUGGAUGAUAUGGGAUUUGAGAGAUCUCCUACUCAUUCAAAUACAGUUAAAGCAAGUUAAAAAGUUAAAAAUAAAAAUUAAACUUAAUUAGAAACAAGAUAAACAAACAGUCCAAAAUCUAAUUCAGAAAGAUCAGUUAAAUUAUCAUAGUAAUUAAGUUAAACAAAUUUCAAUCCAAAAAAAAAAAAAUAAAAAUCUAUUCUUAAAAUAGAAGAAGAAGAUUCCACUUUAAAUUAAUCAGCUGAAUUAAAGAAAUCUAAAAUUAAAAAGUAGGCAUUCUCUAAUAAAGUAAUAAGAAGAUAAACUACUUUAGAAGUUGCAUCAAAAGAUUUCUUUAAAAAUUCAAAUUCAAUUAAAGAUUAAGAUGAUACAUAAACAGCCACUAAUUUUGAAACACAAAGAACAUCAUCUGGAUAAGGUAUAAAUAAACCUAAAAGAAUUAAAUCAAUUGAUAAAAAAAAAAAUGUAAGUGGAAGAAGAAUUUAAACUGAAGGAUAAGAGUAAUUUUAAGAAAGUGAUGAUAGUCAAUCAGAAAAUGGCAAUACAAAGGUGAAAUUUUCAAGAAGUACAACUUAGAAAGAAUAAAAAUAAUAAUCAAUAAAAAAAGGAAAAUAAGGAACUUAAAGUAGACAUAUGACUAUUAAAAAAUCUGUAGAUGCUUAAAUGAUUGAAACUGUUGAAGAAAUUCCUUCAGGUAGAACAUCUUAAUAAAGUUUAGAUAAAUUUAGUUUAAAAUAAUCAAAUACUAUUGAAGAAACAGAUGAAUAUGCUAAGCAUAAAAAAGAACAACUAAAAUUUAAUGCUAGCUCUCCUAUAAAAAGAUCUAGCACAUCAGUACCAUAAUAACUCUAAAUGAUUAUAAAAUUAAAUGAUGAAGAUUAACAAUAAUUUACAACUUACUGGCAUUAGAGUAUUUAUUAUUAAAUAUAUGUUUAGGACAUAUUGAUUAAGAAACUUAGACUGAAAACUAUCUAUUAAUUCAAUUAAUAUAAAGUACAAUAGCUUAAUUAGAUCUUCCUAUGAAUAUUAAAUAAAAUAUAGCCCAAUAAUUACCUAAAAAAAUGGAAGCAGCAGUUGCAAUAGCAUUGAAUUAAAGUUAAAUCAUACAUUAGACAGCUAAUUAAAGUUUAGAAUGUUUGUAAUAGUUUGAAAUUACUACUCCUCAAAGUUCUCGAUAAUCAUAAGAAUCUUUUAGAUAAAAAUAAAUUAGAAAUUAAAGAUCACUUGAUUCUCAAGGAAAAUAAAAAUUAUAAACUUUAUUAGAUUUGAAUUAAUUUGAACCUUCUUAAACAAAAACAAGUUUAGAUAGUAAAAUUGCUUAAUUAACUUAAAAGAAUUCAGUAGAAUUACCUGAUUAAGGAAAUUCUGAAAAAAGUGAAGUUUUUUUGAGAUCUAAAGCAGAAAUAGAAAAAUAGUUUAUAUUAUAAUAAGAAUAGGUAUUGAAGAUGGAGGAAUUUCUCAAGCCUGAAGAUGAAGAUUUGGGAUAUGAAGAAUUAGCAAAAUAAAUAAUAGCCAAUGAAAAUGGAGGUUAAGCAUUAGAAUAAUUCAAAUAAAAUGAUCUCUAAUCAGAAAAUUUUAUGAAAAAACUUCAUAAUAGCAUGACUAAUUAGAAAACAAAAGGAGCUGCAGCAAUAUAGGAUAUGUUAAAAAGAUUCUAUAAAAAGAAUCCAAAAGAGCAAAUCACUUAUCAUGAAUUUAAAGGAUUUUAUUAAAAGGUUUUUGCUAUUCAUAAAUAAUGUGGUUUUAAUAUUGUAUGUAGUCAUUUAUAAAGAUUUAUAAUGAAAUUAGGAUUUACUUGUACCUUAUUUUCCAAACGAAAAGUAUUAAUAAAAAUAAAUAUUAGUUAUUAAAAACCUCCCUUUCAAUAUUGAAACCUUUUAAUCCAUUGCACGAAACAAAAUAAAAAUUAGUGAAUCAAUCAACUACUAAUUAGAAUUCUAGCAAAUUCUAAACUAAUUAACAUUUUUCUGUUGAUUAUUGA